AUGGAAAUAGGCUUGGAAAGGGGAUUUCUAAAUGCACUCAGUGAUUUUGUGAUGAUGCAAUUGCAACUUGCCUCCAUUUUCUUCACAUUCUCUCUUGGAAUAAAGACGCACUAUUAUGGAAGAACUAUACUUCACGGAGGUGCAAAAUACAGGGGUACUAGUCGCAGUUUUGGUGUGUUCUAUGCCAAGUUUGCAGACAAUUAUAGAAUGUACUCCCGUAGUCACUUCGUUAAAGGAUUUGAAUUAAUGAUUUUGCUGCUUGUGUACCAAAUCUUUGGUGAAUCUCAUACGGGUGCCAUUGCUAAUAUCUUGAUCACAGUGUACAUGUGGUUCAUGGUUGGGAGUUGGCUUUUUGCCCCUUUCCUAUUUAAUCCUUCUGGUUUCGAGUGGCAAAAGAUUGUUGAUGAUUGGAGAGAAUGGAAAAAAUGGAUUAGCAACCAAGGUGGAAUUGUACCUCCAGAAAAAAGUUGGGAAACAUGGUGGGAAGAGGAACAUGAGCAUCUGUGUCAUUCUGGAAUGUGGUGUAUCAUAGCUGAGACUAUAUUGGCACUGCGGUUUUUCAUAUAUCAGUAUGGUCUUGUGUAUCACUUGAACAUCGUGAAGCAUAACAAAAGUUUUCUGGUCUAUGGCAUAUCAUGGCUAGUGAUCUUCCUUAUAUUGUUUGUGAUCAAGCAUAGCAAUGCUAAGGCUUUAUUGGAGGCCAUAGAUGUGCAGUUUGAGAGUUUUGAGAAAGCGCAUGCCAUGACUGUCAUGCCCCGAUCCUCGAGCGCGUACUCAUCCCUCUAUGGUCGAUAA